AGAGCGGCGCCGGCCCGCCCGCCCGCAGGCCCGGGCCCUGCAGCAGCCCGGGCCCGGCCCCGCGCCAUGGGCCACGGGGCCUGUUCCUUCCUGGAAACUCAGCAGAGUAUUUGCAUUCAUAGGUUGCUGGAUCUGUUCCAUAUUCAUGGAUGAUACCCGAUAUGGUCACUGCAAAUCCAGCUCUGGGACUCUGUGAACUGAGAGGUGCCUGAUGCCUGUAAUCCCCAUUCCCCGCCGGGUCCGUUCUUUCCACGGCCCCCACACGACAUGCCUGCAUUCGGCCUGUGGCCCGGUAAGGACCACUCACUUGGUGCGCACCAAGUACAACAACUUCGACAUCUAUCUGAAGUCCCGAUGGAUGUAUGGAUUCAUUCGGUUCCUGCUGUAUUUCAGCUGCAGCCUGUUUACCUCCAUCCUCUGGGUGGCACUCUCUAUCUUGUUUUGCCUUCAGUACCUUGGCAUCCGGAUCUUUCUGCGUUUCCAGUACAAACUUUCCAUCAUCCUCCUCCUGUUGGGGCGAAGGCGGGUGGACUUCAGCCUCUUGAAUGAACUGCUCAUCUAUGGAAUUCAUGUGACCAUGCUGCUAGUGGGGGGGCUGGGCUGGUGUUUCAUGGUGUUUGUGGAUAUGUAAAUAAAAUGAGUGCAUGUGGGCCCAGAAGGUGAUUCUUCCUCUACCCCGGAGUGUGUGAAUAUCCUCCUCUUCUCUUUUUUUAAAUAUAAAUUAAUUUAUUUAUCGGCGCUCCUUUUGGAUCAAUGCUGUACCUGUCUGCAGAUUGAUUUUUAUUUGUAGAUGGGCAGGAGCAGAAAACUUUAUUUUGCACAGUGAAUGCUUUGCUAAGUUUCCUUUUCAUAUGCGGGAGCCUGUCCUGCCACCACUUCUGUAGGCAGGAAGAGGGCAGUGAUUGAUUUGGAGGAUAGAAGCCAGGUAAUUCCAUAUCCCACCAGGUCUUAUUCUGGAGUAACUGCCCUGAAAGCAAUCAAGUCACUUUUCAAUUACUUGCAACUGAAGCAUCUCUUCUGAAUUACUAGCACCUAUUUUAUACAUAUAGAAGGGGAGAUUAAUCAAUCAAAUCGAUCUAUAUAUAGAUCGAAUCGAUCGAUAGAUAGAUCUAUCUCUCCAUCUCUAUGGAUGGAUAGAUCUAUCUCUGUGGAUGGAUAGAUCUAUCUCUCUAUAUUUUAUAUAUAUAGAGAGAGAGAGAGAGAGAUCUCCCCCUCUCCUGUGUUGUGUAAGGAACUGCAGUUUGAUUUGUGAUAUCUGACUCUGGGGCAAGGGGUUCCCUAAAUGAUGCUGCCAUCUCAGAUUAGACAGCUGCUUUGUGCAGCUCCCAUCAAAGGGGAGUGGAAGAGGUUGUAGCUGAGCACUUUAGGCCUGGUUUUAGAGCCUUGCUAAUUCCAGAGGGAGCUAAGAUACAGGAGACCUUUGAGCUGCUGUGACUUACAGCGCAGACCUCACCAGGCCGAAUCUGGUGACAAAGACACAAGUCAUUUUUGUUCUUUCCCCACAUCCCCUGCCUAUGCUUUCUGAGGCUUAUGAUACCGAAUCUGACCCUAAGAGGUGAUAGUGGGGGGAAAACUUUCCAGUCCUGAAGUGUAUUCAUCUCGGCUCAGGUGAGCAACAACAGAAGGAAGGGACAGUCAGGAAUAAUGCAGGAUGCUCCUCAGGUUUCCUCUGCCCGCCGUAUGAGCUGUAGAGGUAUCCCAACCCUGGCUGAGCCGGGCAGGAAAGGACCAAACGUGGCCCCUGUGUUGCAGUGUACUGCAUUACUACUGAAGUCCACCCUGCCCCUCUGCAGCCAGAGCUCCACGUUGCAUUUCAAGUGAGCGUGCUUCCCGCAUCCCAAGACCAGGGGGAAGCUUGCUGAGUCCCAGAAAGGAGGCCACAUGAAGAGUAAGUCAUGCACAAAAUUAAAUGCCAGUGAAAAUGGCCCCAUAAUCUUUCUCCCUACAAAUGUACCCAAAGGCCUGCUACCAAAUGCCCCAUUUCCUUUCCCUUACCAAGUCCUGAGUUUAGGGUUGUGCAAUCCCCUGAAGAGUGGGAGUGUGUGAUUGCAGCAGAUAACCAUGCAGCAGGCUGUAUGGGUUCUGUUCCCAGAUGUGCUGCUGCCAUAGCAUGAGCUUGGACAACUCGCUUCAUUUGACCCUUGUUUUACACAUCUGCAGUAUGGGCAUAAUGCCAUUGGAUGAACGGGGCACUCUUUGGAUGGAAGAGCAAAAUGCAGUGUCGUAGACACCAAACCAGUGCAAGCUCCUGUGCCCCUUACAAUCUGUAGGUGCAAGUGGUUUUUAUCAGCUACGACUGCGGAUGUGAUGACCCUAGCAUUGUCAUGUUGCCACGUAAGGGAGUCAUUUUCAAAUAAUUUUAUUUCAAGAUGAAAUAAUAUGAAUAUUUGAGGUCCACAAGACCAGAGUACUGUGUGGCACAUAUAUAGCACGUCUCAUCUUCAAAGCAUUUUACAGCUACUAGCUAAUUAAUCCUCACAACAGCCUGGGAGGUUGCUGAAUAAGUAAGAUCUUGGUAGUGAUUGGGAAUUUUAAUCAGUUUUUUCAAUUCAGGGUGCUUAUUAAAAAGCAUUUACAUUCACUUUGAAGGAAAUACUUCUCUCAAGUAGUGGAGAUGUUGAAGGUGACCUAUAAGCCCAAAAAGGCGAAGGUGGGCAGUGAGGGAGAAACCUCUUAACCAAGCCAUAACUAAGAACAGUCCCAAAAGAGAGAGGCUGUGUCAUGCAAAGGCAAAUGCUUUGAAUAAAUUCUUUUUCCCUUCAAAGCUUUCCUCGUUGAAAAAGUCAUUUGUUUGGUUUGUUUUUAAUUGGCAGAGCAGACCAAAUAACCAUGUGGGUAGAAGCUGGACUCUCUUUCUACGCCCCUAGGAGAUGGAGAAAAGGCCAGGAAAGGUAGUUGCCAGAGAUAUUGUAUUGGAAACUGGUACUUGCAAACUCUGCCUCGCUGGGAAAGUUGAUUUUUUUCCUUUGGACUUAGCCAUGUUUCUCAAACUCACCAACCCCUGAAAGGACCAGGUCAGGUUAUAAAACAGCUGCUUCAUUUAAGUCUUGUUAUGAUGUUGUGGAUAACACUUCACAUGAUUAACAUUGAAAGAGUUUGAAAAACAUGACCUGACUUUUCACUAUUGAUGCUGUUUGUUUCCUUUCACGCAAUUGCAUUUGGGACUGGGAACAAGCCAGCUGGUUUCAUUCUGUGUCUAAUCAUUUUCCCUUUAAUGUUUCAAUGCUGCCAUGUUUGAGUUUUCCGGAUUUUCAGAUGAAUGUUUUAAAACUUGCUUCCAGGCAAAAUUAGAAGAGAAUAAUAGACCCAUUUCACUUGCUACGAGUUCUGCGAGAGGUUAUUUUACCCGGCCUACAUUUUGGGUCGUAUCUGAUCUAACGGCGUCCCUUCUAGGAAGCUAAUCCUGCCUUCUUUUUUGGAUCCGCAGCUCCCGCUGGUUGGUUCUGUCUCAAGCUAGUGAAGGUUUCAAGUAUGUGGGGAAUGCAAAGCCAAGCUCUGAAGAUCUGUUGCACGGGCCAAACAGCAGAGGCAAUUAUACAUGUGGUGACAAAGUUGCAUUAGCCCUGCUGGCGAACGAAUGAAUGUACAAAUUAACAUGCCAAGUGUUUGAUUUGCCUCUUGUUGACUUUUUGGAACAUGGAAACAGCUCGGUGUCUUGAGUGCCUGUUAAUAAUUCUUCCUGAAACCUGCCACCUGCAUUAAAGUUAUUUUUGUAAUGUG